AUGACUUACACUUCAGGCUACUGGCGGAGCUGGCGGAUGGGGUGGCUCGAUGGGAACGGCCCCGGGGAGGCCACAUCACGUGGCACAGUUGUCAUGUUGCCAGGUUGGUCAGCAAACUGCAGUUUCAUCCAGUGCAUCUCGAAUGUGGCAUAUUGUUGGCAAGUUCUCAGCAUCAUUCAGCAUCUCUCCGAUCUCAGCUCCAUGUUCAUGUCCCUGCAAUGUUGUCGUCAGGGUGCUUUCUGCACCGCUGAACAAGCCACUCGGUUCGACGCCAAGGGCAUCUGUUCGGACACUGUGGCCUUCUCGGACUUUUCAGUCACCGAUCUUGUCUCCACAAAGGUUGGGGAGCAGUUCGAGUUCGGGUUUGAAGAAACCACGAACCAGGUCUUUGUCGGACGUGCACCAGACUGCGAAAUCCAGGCGAAGGACACACACGUGUCCAAGAAGCACCUUCGGAUCUAUCGGGAUGAGCACUUCCACUAUUUCAUUGAGGAGCUCAGCCCUUUCGGGGCCUUCAUCAAUGACCAGUACACCAGGCAGGGUGAACACCGUGCUCUCAAGCAUGGUGAUGCCAUCACCAUAACCAGCCAGCUCUCACCCAACGUAGUCCCGUUCGCGUCCUUCAUCUUUCGUGUGACAGGACGGAUCGAGGAUGGUGCCGGAUCAGCAGCACACCGGGAAACAGGACCCAUGAAGGACGAUCCCAAAGCGCAGGAGCUUCGGCACAUGGUCUCGGAUGACUGGGUGAGAAGAAAUUGGGAUGUCUCACAAGAACUGGGCAGCGGUGCCUUCAGCACGGUGAAGCUGGGUGUUCGCACGAAACAGGGGAGCUCGGAGGCAUUGCCGGCCGGUUUGAAGUGCGCCAUGAAGAUGAUUGACAAGAGGAAGUUCUUGAGUUUCCAGAGCAACCGCUCCUCAGGGCUGACCCUCAAUGAUGAGGCAAACCUCAUGACCAGCCUGCAGCACCCGAACAUUGUGUCGUGCCUGGAGUGGUUCCAGACGGAGAUCCACAUCUACCUAGCCUUGGAGUUGGUGCGAGGCGGGGACCUCCUGCACAACCUCAUGGAGGGGGGGUGCCUAACCGAAAUGCAGGCAGUAAGGAUCUUCCGCCAGAUCUGUGAUGCGGUACAUUACAUUCAUGUCACGGUGAAGCUGGUUCACAGAGACUUGAAGCCAGAGAAUGUCCUUCUCACCAACAAGGACCGAGACACCAUGGUUCCCAAACUUGCGGAUUUCGGGCUUGCUCGAGUCAACAUGAAGUCCAUGGACUGUAAAACCUUCUGUGGAACGCCACAGUACUUCGCUCCGGAGGUUAUCAAUUCAGCCAAGGAUUCAAACCUGGGCUAUGGCAAGCCGGUUGACAUGUGGAGUCUUGGGGUGAAUCUCUAUAUCAUGUUGUGCGGCGUUCCACCGUUCGAGGACGAAGGUCUGUAUCAGCAGAUUGUGCAGGGCAACUGGCAGUUCGAUGUUCCUCAGUUCUCUCAAGUCUCGGAGGAGGCGAAAGAUCUGGUCCGCAAGCUCAUGACGGUGAACCCGCGAGAGCGCAUCAACAUCCAACAGGCCCUGAACGAGCCUUGGCUUCGCAUCGCCGAGAUCGCCGAUUUCGCAACUCCAGCGCGGUCCGCUGCAAGAUCGUCAGCAGGCCUGGGCGUGGGAUGUGACAACAUACAGGUCCGCCAUGCGGACUGCAUCGAGGAGCCGGCGCCGAAACGGCGCAAAUCCGAGGACAUCGGCAUGGUGAUCUCUUAA